CCCCCGACUAAGCGGGAUCUUACAGGUGCCCAACUGCGGACGACGCGUGGUUUAACAAUUCGCAAAAAACGGCAAGUGCCAAAAAGUCGAUAGCGGGAUGCUCUGAGCCGAUAGGCCCUUACCCUGUCUGCCUCAGUUUCCUCAUCUGUAAAACGCGCUGGAGAAGGAAACUCCAAAGGCGCCCAAGCGAGACUGAAAGCCAAACACAAGCGCUUUGGUUCUUCGCUACUUCCGGUCUAGGCAGGCGAUGACCCGGCGCCGCUUAACGCAGUUCCUUCGUCGCCGUCAGACGUUACGGAGUCUGACGUCAUUCACCAACGCGAGGGAUGACGCGGAGCGAGGCGUAGAAGAAAUCAAGUUUCUGUGAAAAUGACUCUUCAAGGAAUGGUGCUUCAAGCUGCUGCCCUGUAUUCUGACCAGAUAGCUGUAUGUUUUGAUGGAUGUAAUAAACAGCGGCCAGUUUAUUAUACCUACAAAUCGAUGGUUAAUUUUGCCUCCGAAUUAUCUAGCUUUUUGCAGUCAAAGUGCACAUUUGAAGGGAUUCGUGAAAUUGGGCUUUACUGCUAUCCAGGAAUAAAUUUACCAUCUUGGAUUUUGGGAAUUCUUCAAGUCCCUGCUGCAUAUAUUCCUGUUGAUCCAGAUAUACCACCAGAGUUAUCAACCUAUUUUAUGAAAAAAUGUAAUCUCAAGUAUAUCCUUGUUGAAAAAAACCAAGUCCAUAAAUUCAAAUCUUCACAUGCAACUUGGUUAAAUAAUAUCAUUACAGUAGACCAUACUGAUUUAACUCUUUUUGAACUUCACUGGAAUGAGAUUGAUGUGGACUUGGCUCUACAUGCUAAAAAAGAGAAUGAUAGAAAGGAAACAAUGAAGGAUUGCAUCAAUUCUUUGAAUGGCAAUGAAGAAAACGAAAAAGAAUGCAUGGAUGUCAGAUUGCCACAUUGCUUGGCUUAUGUUCUACAUACAUCAGGAACUACAGGAAUCCCCAAGAUUGUUAGAGUACCUCAUACAUGUAUAGUACCAAAUAUUCAACAUCUUCGGACACUUUUUGAGAUCACACAUGAAGAUAUUAUUUUCAUGGCUUCCCCUUUGACAUUUGAUCCAUCUGUUGUGGAGAUGUUUCUUGCUUUGACAAGUGGAGCAUCUCUGCUUAUAGUUCCCAAUGCUAUUAAAAUGCUGCCAUCAAAAUUAGCUACUGCUCUAUUUCACCAUCACCACGUGACAGUUCUCCAGGCUACACCAACACUGGUUAGAAGAUUUGGAUCUCAGCUCAUCAAGUCAUCUAUUUUGUCGGCCACAACUUCACUUCGUGUAUUAGCCCUGGGUGGUGAAGCCUUCCCGCCAUUGAGCGUCCUCAGAAGCUGGAGGCAAGAAGGCAACACGACUCAGAUAUUCAAUCUCUAUGGUGUCACAGAGGUAUCCAGCUGGGCAACAUGCUACAGGAUUCCAGAAGAGGAUUUGAGCUGCACUCUGGGAGUCGAGUCCCCUGUGCAUUUGGGCUUUCCAUUGCUCGGAACAAUAGUCGAAGUCAGAGACGCAAAUGGUUUGACAGUUCAAGAAGGCGAAGGCCAAGUUUUUUUAGGUGGUAAGAAGCGGGUAUGCUUUCUUGAUGGUGAAAUAACUGUACCUUUUGGUACAAUGAGAGCAACUGGUGAUUUUGUUACUGUGAAAGGUGAAGCAAUGUUUUUCUUGGGACGAAGAGACAGUCAAAUUAAACGUCAUGGCAAACGUAUUAACAUUGAAUGUAUACAGCAGGUUGCUGAAGGAAUUUGUCAAGUAGAAUCCUGUGCAGUUAUAUGGUAUCAUCAGGAAAGAUUAAUUCUGUUUGUGGUGACCAAAGAUGAUUUAGUGAAGGAUGGUAUUUUAGGAGAACUUCAAAAGCAUCUUCCAAGUUAUGCAGUUCCAGAUGACGUUGUGGUGAUUGAAGCCUUGCCAUUUACAUCUCAUGGCAAAAUCGAUCUGUCAAAGUUAACCAAGAUUUACUUUAACUACAUAAAUUUGAAGUCUAAUGGUACUCUUAAAGGAAAAGAAGAACUGUGGGAAAGAUUACAGUACUUGUGGAAGUCCUCUCUGAGACUUCUGGAAGAUCCUUUGGAAGUUUCUAAAGAUUCACUCUUCCUUAGUAAUGGUGGUGAUUCCUUAAAGUCCAUUUGGCUCAGUAAUGAGAUUGAGACUCUAGUAGGUAGAUCAAUACCUGGUCUUCUAGAAGUUAUCCUCAGUUGCUCGAUCUUAGAUAUAUACAAUCACAUUCUCCAAGCAGUGUUUCCAGAUGAAGAUACACUACUGAAUAGGAGUUACUGUCCAAAAAGAAAAUUCAGUGAAAUGAAUAGAGGAGAAAUAAGUGCCAAAUACAUAGAUCAGAAGUCUGGAAGGCCUGUGAAUUCUGGCAAAGAGCAAAAUGCUUUUAUUGCAUUGAGCAGAGGAAAUCAGAUUUUAUUUGUUAAUGUCUCUGAGUCUGUAAAGAAUUCCCUAAGUAUGGGACAGAGUAUGGGAACUCAGUUAGGAAAAAACCCUUCAGUACCUUCUGAUUUCAUUUCAUCUGAGGAGACCAGUUUUGUUCAAAAUGUGACAAGCAAAAAUCCUUUAACAGUUACCAGGAAGAUGAAUGGUGCAGAAGAGAUCAGCCCUGUGUCAGCAAUUUCAGAAGAUGAGACUUCUGUGAGAGCAUCUGAGAAAAUAAAGUUCUGUGUCAGGUGGAAGUCCAAUACUGGCAAAUGUGUGGAUGCUUCACCUCUCAUUGCAGUAUUACUUCUCAGUCAAUCAUCUGCAACUGUCUACAUUGGAUCCCAUUCUCACAGGAUACAAGCAAUUGAUCUUUAUUCUGGGAAAGCAAAAUGGGAACAGAUCUUGGGAGAUCGAAUCGAAUCCUCAGCUUGUCUUUCUCCUUGUGGAAAUUUCAUUAUAGUGGGCUGCUAUAAUGGCUUAAUUUAUGUGCUCGGAAACAGUGAUGGAAAAAUACAUUGGAUAUUUGCCACCAAAGAUACUGUUAAAAGCUCUGCAACCAUGGAUCCAUCCACAGGUCUCAUAUAUGUGGGAUCUCAUGACCAUCAUGCAUACGCUUUGGAUAUUUAUAAGGAGAUCUGUGUUUGGAAGUCACAUUGUGAAGGAACUGUCUUUUCUUCACCAUGUAUAAGCCUCGUGCCCCAUCACUUAUAUAUUGCUACACUGAAAGGACUUCUAUUGGCCUUAAAUCCUGCUACUGGAAGUAGAGUUUGGACACAUUCCUGUGGAAAACCUCUUUUCUCUUCCCCACAAUGCAACUUGCAGUAUGUGUCUAUUGGUUGUGUGGAUGGGAAUUUGUACUGCUUUAACCACAUGGGACAACUGGUCUGGCAGGUCUCUACUAAUGGACCAGUUUUCUCAUCCCCAUGCAUCUCUGAUUCAGUGAGGCAAGAAAUCUUUUGUGGCUCUCAUGAUCGCUGUAUCUACUGUUAUAAUACAGAAGGACAUUUCCAAUGGAAAUUUGAGGCUACCGCAAGUAUCUAUGCAACGCCAUUUACUUUCUAUAACCGCAGUCUCAGUAGUGACAUGCUGCUUGCAGCAGCAUCUACUGAUGGCAAACUGUGGAUCUUGGAUGCUAAAAGAGGACAGCUACAGACUGUUUAUAAGCUUCCUGGAGAAGUUUUUUCAUCUCCUGUGGUUUGGCAAUCAAUGCUCGUUGUUGGAUGUCGAGAUGAUUAUGUUUAUUGUCUAGAUUUGUUGACUGUCGCUGAAAAAUAACCAUCCUGGAGCCCUUCUGAAGUGUUUUUGUCAGUACCAGAUAGAUAGAAAUUUUGUUUUACAGGUACAGAAAGAUGGGCCUAGACACUGUCCAUAUCAAAGAUCUUUUGAUUAUUAAAUGAUUAAUCAGGGAAUGACUGUUUUUGAAUGUCCUUUGUUUUACAGGUCAUAAUUAUGAGCUGCUUACACAUAUCAUACUAAUAGUUUUAUUUACCACUGGGUAUGAUUGUCAAUGUAUGCCAUUAGGUAUUUCAGUUAAAAAAAAAUCUUGGGUCUAGAAAUAGAGAAUUGAGUGACUUGUACAAAGUCGCAAAGAUUAAGUUAGGGAAUGGAAAGUAGGAUUUUUGAUUCCAAAUCUAGUCUUAUUUUUCUGUACAUUAAAAAUGUUUGUCUUUUUACUUCUAUUGUACAUAAUUGUUUAUUAAAAUGCUCAUUGAAUUGGAUAACAUUUCAUAGGAUACUUAAUGAGAACAAGCUCUUUGCUUGCUGUUGUGCUGCCUAUCUUUUCUCAGUGAGAUUUACAGCACACUUGUAUUUUUAUUGUUUUUACAAGUGAACAAGGUUCCUAUAUUAGGAAGUAAAAUGACCAGAUGAUUUCAGUUAACCUCCACUCUUAUAUUUUCCCUUCCCUGAGCACUAUGAUAAGUUAUUUUCCUAUAGAUUUUAAUUCUUAACUCUUAAUUUGACGUAAGGGUUAUCUUACAUAUCUUUUAUGUUAACAGUGAGAAAAUUUUAAUUAAUAAUUUCUCAGUUAUUUUUCCUGAAAUCUCAGCAUAUGAUUCAAAGUAAUUUCCUAACAAAAUACCUAUGAAUUAACCAUAGUAGUGACUUGAGUAUUAGUUAUAGGGCCUCCUGCUGGAUUUUCUUUCAUCCCUUAUAAAGAAUUCACUAUUGUGAAUAAUCUAGUCUGUACACAAAUACACUGUAAAGCCACAAACAUUAGGUUGGGUUUGUUUUUUUGGUAGCUACUUUACCAAGUUCUUGAAUUAGUUUCUUGUAUGGACAAGAUGAAUUCCUGUUUGGAAUACAAAUCAAAUUUCUUUUUACUGCUAAAUGCUUAAACAUUUUUUUCCCUACAACCAGUGAGAACUAUAGUGAAACAAUAUCUAAAAUGAAAAUAUUCCAAAAUUUUCUAGUUCAACAAGUGUCAUAAGUAUAUUUAAUGAAAUUUCAUUUUCAGUGAAAACACUAGAUAAAAACUAUAGUUUGAAAUGAGAUUGUCUUGCUACUGGAGCACUUACAGAUUUUUUUUAUUGAAAGAUCUUCUCCUUCCCUUUCCCCCCAACCAUAACGGAUGAUUUACAUUAAAACCAUAUACAACCAAAAUCUAUAGUUAAAAUUACAGUAAUGUAUCUUUUCAUUAUCUCUUGACUUGAUUUUGUUGGUAAAAACAUUUCUGGGCACCUAUAGCUUUCUAAAGAUUCUGCUUUGAAAUAAGUAAAACUAAAUAAGAGACACAAUUAUACUGUACAUUUGUUGAUAACUGACUGGAUUAUAAUUUAGUGGGAAUUAAUGUGUAUAAGAAACAAUUUUACUUGAAAAAUUAAAAAAUAAGUAAACAAAAACUUAUACACGUUUUCUAAUUUUAUACAUAAUUAUGUGAACAAAGAUUAAUGGUAGAUAA